CGCGCGCGGGAAAGAUCCCGGCAGUCAAACUACAGACAGACAGGAAGCCGGUGCCCUGCGAGAAUGAAGGUUGUUACGUGUGAGAUCGCCUGGCACAAUAAGGAACCGGUGUACAGCGUAGACUUCCAGCAUGGGACGGAUAAAAUGAACAGAAUGGCCUCUGCAGGAGUGGACACUGCCGUGCGUGUUUGGCGGAUUGAUAAAGAUCCCGAUGGGAAAGCUGUUGUAGAAUUCCUAGCCAGCCUUGUGCGGCACACCAAAGCUGUCAACGUGGUUAGGUUUUCCCCGCAUGGUGAAAUCUUGGCGUCAGGGGGAGACGAUGCUGCAAUAUUGUUGUGGAGACUCAACGAGAACAAAGAACCGGAACAAUCUUGUUUCCAGGAGGGAGAUGACGUUGCGCUCAACAAGGAGAACUGGACAGUGGUAAAAACGCUCAGGGGUCAUCUGGAGGAUGUUUAUGAUAUUUGUUGGACACAAGACAGUAAUUUUAUGGCAUCGGCCUCUGUGGAUAAUACAGCAAUUAUGUGGGAUGUUAAUAAAGGACAGAAAUUAUCCAUUUUCAAUGAACACAAAAGCUACGUGCAGGGGGUUGCCUGGGAUCCUCUCGGACAGUAUAUUGCAACUCUAAGCUGUGACCGUGUUAUGAGAGUGUACAAAACAGAAACCAAGAGAGUUGCAUACAAUGUUAGCAAGAUGGCUUCAAAUACGACAGAAGGAGAGGGUAAAACUUACCGAAUGUAUCAUGACGACAGCAUGAAGUCCUUCUUCAGGAGACUUGCUUUUACUCCAGAUGGAUCGCUGCUCCUCACUCCAGCUGGCUGCGUGGAGUCUGGAGAUCUGUUAAUUAACACCACUUAUGUGUUUUCAAGAAAAAAUCUAAGGAGGCCAAUUGCUCACCUUCCUUGCCCAGAAAAAGCAACGCUGGCCGUCCGCUGCUGUCCCGUCUUCUAUGAGUUGAGAAAAUCAGUGAAAGCAGACGAUUCUGGGCAGACGCCCCCACCAGGUCUCAUCUGCCAGCCGUACCGCAUGGUGUUCGCGGUGGCCUCCGAAGACUCUGUGCUCUUUUACGACACGCAGCAGCUGUUUCCCUUCGGUUACGUAUCGAACGUUCACUAUCACACGCUGAGUGAUAUCUCAUGGUCCAAGGAUGGGACUUUCUUGACCAUCUCCUCCACAGAUGGUUACUGCUCAUUUGUAUCGUUUGAUGAGGGAGAACUUGGUGUUCCUCUAAAGGAGAAACCCGCAUUGAUAGUAAAGACGCCUUCUGUACUGGAAAAAAAAGUUAAAAAGUUCAAAAAGAUGUCAUCACCCUCUCAGCGUCUUGGAGACCUAACAACACCAAACAAAGCCGCAGAGCACUCCAACCCGUGCACACCUCUUAAUAUCAAACCGGUGGCUGCCUCUAAUAAUAAAGAACCCAUCUCGACUCCAGUUGGCAUUAAAAUUAUCCCUUCUACCCCCAACUCGGAUGACAAGAAAAAACAAGAGGCAAGCAAGGUGGCACCCAGGAGAAUUGUCCUAAAUACUUUGGAAGCCUGGAGCAAACCCAGUAAACCCAGCACGCCCACACCAAGGAGAAUCAGCUUAGUUCCUGUGAAGACAAAUACUUCAAGUUCUGAGCAGACCAGCCCAGUUUCUACAUCGCCCCCCUCCGAAGCUGCCAGCACCAGUGAAAAUAAUUUAUCAAGCGAUGACAAUUGUAAACCUCCAGAAUCAAAACGUAAAAGGUCGACUUCCCCGCGUCUUCCCACCAACGAAAACAAGAGUGCUGACGGUUUCCUUAAACCUGUAACGACCAUGUAAAAACAUUGACUGAUGGACCGUUUGAC